AUGGACAUUAUCCUAGACGGAGCAGUCUCCGCUCAUCGUCAAGAGCAGCAGCAGAUAGGUAUUCAAGAUCCAAACACUACGACAGAUACGACAGAUACGACAGACACGAGAGAUAUGAUCGACGAGAGCCAAAGCAAAGCUCGUCGAUAUGGUCGACCAUCAAGACGAGACUACUCUCCGGAGGACACCUACAGGCGGGACCGCCCUGAUGUGACUGUGUACUCGUCUCGACCAAGAUCUCAUCAUGCCCCGGCGAGAUCACCACGCAAAGAGUACAUUGUUACGAGGAGUGGUACGACGAAAACUCGCUCAAGGAAGGACUCCCUCAGCAUUGACGAACGAAUGCGGUUACUUGACAUCCGAGACCGGUUCCGUGACGAAGUUGAGAAGGUGAAACAGUGGCAGCCGUCGACACGAUCGUACCGUCCGCGUCGGGACUAUGACAGAAGGUCGUCGUACUACUGA